AUGUUUCAAAGUCUCCGAACCACGGCAACUCGCUCCUGCAUUGGACGUUCGUUAAUAUUUCAACAGCCUCUGGCAGUCUCCACUCGGGCGUUUUCUGCCACCUCUGCGGCCCAGAUCAUUUACGUGAAGCCCAAGGCCGAUGUGCCUGCUCCUACCGAAAAUAUCCCGGACCUUGCGGCGUUUCUUAACGCGAUCGGACGCAAGAGCAUUGAUCAUGAAGAAACUAUUGGCACUUGGGAGAAGCUGAUGACCAUGUCAUCCCAGCAAAUGAAGGCUGACGGUAUCGAUGUGCGAUCCAGAAAAUAUAUUCUUGCUUGGAGAGAAAAGUUUGCAAAGGGAGAUGAGCUUUGUGAGAUUAAGCGCGGCAAGAAGUCGUGGGGUGGUGAGCGCCGUCGUAAGGCCGUCAAGGCCGAAUUCAUGGCCAAGAAGUACCGUGAGGAGCACCACCGCCGACUCAAGGAGGCUUCUGAAGACAAUUAA